AUGACACUCAAGGCCCGGAUUGAAAAUGGCAUUGUCUAUUCCCCAUACCCAUCGGAACCUGUGCCGGAAAUGACGUUUUACCAGGCGGUGAAACACUGCCUCGAGCAAUAUGGCUCCCGAACUGCUCUGGUUUGGAACGACGAAGAGAUCACUUUUGCAGAGCUCCUCAAGAUGUGUCAGCGAUAUGCCGCUGGGUUCCAGAGACACGGCGUUAAGAAAGGCGACAAGGUCCUGGUACAUGUGGACAAUUCCCUGGAAGACAUGAUCGCUUUGUACAGCGUCGUUUUUGCCGGGGGAGUUUCUGUGGCAUCCCAUCUGAUCUUGUCAGACGAUGAUAUUCUUUACAGGAUUCGAGACAGCAAUGCCGCCCACAUCCUCACCUCAGCCAGUGAAGCUAAACGAUUCAGCAACUUGCGUAGCAAGGUGGACGUAAAGGGUUACUUCUGCGUAGGAACCGCCCCUGGUUUUGUUUCCGUGCCCGACUUCAAGGAAAUGAACGAAGACACCUUCCAGGAAUUUUCUGUGGCCGACGUCAAGAAGGAAGUCAUCGUACUGUUGUACACAUCGGGAACAACGGGUAGCCCAAAGGCUGUUGAACACACGCACUACAGCAUCGUGGCCCAUUUACAUCGGCCCGGGUUGUUGAUGUCAAGAGUGGAAAAGUACUUGGACCAAACGAAGAAGGAGAAGUGCUAGUGAAGACGCCAUGUUCCAUGAAGGGCUAUUACGGACACCCGGAAGCUACAUCGCAGAAAAUUACUCCCGAUGGUUGGGUACGAACAGGUAGG